ACUCGAUAGCGCUUCUCUCCUCCGCUCUGAAAUAACGUUGCCUACGCCUAUUCUCCUCUAUUCCCUAUUUGUACUAUUAGCAAAACAAGCUCUUUACUAACGAUGGUCCGUAUCAGUCUCCUCUGCCUGGCCCUGCUGGCGCCCGCUCUGGCCCACGACAUUGCGCCCAACGCCCACUACACCGUCACCGGCGACACCGUCUGCGCCCCAACCCGCAACGGCACGCAGGUGUGCUACCCCAAGGUGUUCGAGCCCACGGCCGACUUCCAAGUAGUCCUGCCCGGCCAGGAAUAUCCCGGCAGGCCUGCACGUGCAAAUCGACAUGGCGACGGGUCUGAAAAAGGCCAAAAUAAUCGAAGGCUGACGACCGCCACGCCCUUGCAGUUGUCCCGGAGCCGCCGCAGGAAGAAUUCACGGCAGAGCCGGUGCGGAUGGGUCAGAUGAGCAGCGACGAGGUGAAGCAGCGGCUGGACCAGGUGGUUAUGCUGGCCGAUAGGCAGAUGAACUACGUGACCGAGGACGCGGCGAUUGCAGCCCUGGACGAGCUCGAGGAUCUCAUGCAUGAUUCGCACAAGGCGGAGCGGCUGGCCAGGGACCCGAUGGCGUUACCGGCAUUGCUCACAUUGGCCAGUCCCUCGCUGCACAAGGGCCUGCAGCCGUGGCCGCCGCGUAUCCGCCAGCUGGCAUCAACUGUUUUGGGCUCUACUGUGCAGAACAACGACAAACUGCAGACGGUUGCUGUAAACGCCGGUGUUCUGCCACGCCUACUGCGCAUUUUGGCCUCAGAGUCCAAUGCCAAGGCCGCAUCAAAGCACAUCUACGCGUUGUCGGCGCUGGUGCGCGGCCAUCAGGGUGCGCUAGAGCAGUUUGGCGAGCAAGGCGGGCUGCGCACACUGGCUAUGGUGCGUCCGCAUGGCGAAGGCAGGGACGCGCAUAAGCUGGAUAUAAGGAUUGCCAGGUUUGUCGAGGACCUGUUUACGCCCGAGUUCAACCCCCACCAGUCGCAGGAUGCUGUGGAUCUGGCUGCCCAGCAGGCCGCCGUCUGGUGCUCGGACCUUGCCGGUCGCCUCACCGACGAUAUGGAGUCUUUGGAUGAAAGCAGCGAGCGCCAGGCGACCGACGAGCGCCGGCUCGCGUAUGCUACCGCGCUGCUGCGUAUCAAGCACCAGCACCCGCUCACAUGCUCGCUGCCAGCUGCCCUCCGCCCAUGGGUCAGAGCCGAGGCUGCGCGCGUGGCCAGGGACCGACAACGACGAGUACAAGCAGGCGCUGGAGGCCUUGGGCAAAGAGCUUCACUGAUUUCAUGUAAAAAACAACAAAAAACCUUUGCCAGCUCGCUAGUAUGAGGUUAAACGAAAACAAAAUGAAAGGUCUUAGUUGGCCUUGGCAAUGGCCUGGAUGUCGCGCAGGCACUGAGCAAUGAUCUCGUCCUGGGUCUUGGGGCUGGCCAGCUGGCUGCGCACCU